CGGUUUCACUUCAGUUUUUUUAGUAGUCCCAUUUUGGUUACAGCGAUCGGGAAGCUCUCUCUGACGGCACCGGUGAGUCCACCAGUCACCUCUGACGGCUACGCAAAUCCAAAUAAAUCUGUGGAUGAAACGAAGAAUCCCAGAUUUCUGAAUGGCGACACCAUUUAUAGCGGGGGUUGCAGUAGCUGCAACAGCACUUGCUGGUAGAUAUGGAAUCCAAGCAUGGCAAGCAUUCAAAGCAAGGCCACCAAGGCCCAAAAUUAAGAAAUUUUAUGACGGCGGUUUCCAGCCUACGAUGACGAAAAGGGAAGCUGCUCUUAUUCUUGGCAUCAGGGAAAAUGUAGCGGCGGAAAAGGUGAAGGAAGCACACAGGAAGGUAAUGGUUGCAAACCAUCCAGAUGCAGGUGGUAGCCAUUUCCUAGCAUCUAAGAUCAAUGAAGCUAAAGACGUGAUGCUCGGCAAAACUAAAAACAGCGGAUCCGCUUUUUGAUGCAUAUUUCAAUCAAAGAAGACUCCAUAUGAAUCAUCUUAUGUUAUAGAACCUGCAUUGUUAUAGUGCAGAUUUGUAUGCUAAAUUAUAAGCUUGUGGUCUGUUUGUGAGACACUAAAAGACUCGAAUCUUUUCUUUCACUUGUGGUCGUUGAAAAGAAUCACAAAAAUCAAACGCAAAAGGAGAAGGGCGUUUUAGUCU